AUGGGCUUCCUCGGCGUCUAUAGGGCCAUUUACGAUUACACGCCCCAGGGCGAGGGCGAGUUGACAAUCUCCGAGGGCGACAUUCUCUAUGUGUUGGAAAAGAGUCAGGAGGACGAUUGGUGGAAGGCAAAGAAGAAGGCCAAUGCCGCCGACGAUGACGAGCCCGUCGGCUUGAUCCCCAACAACUACAUUGAGGAGGCGAAACCCGUAUCAUACGCUCGCGCGCUCUACGAGUACACGCGUCAGACCGACGAAGAGCUCUCCUUCCCCGAGGAUGCGCAGCUCUCAGUUUUCGACACUUCCGACCCCGAUUGGAUCCUUGUUGGCCACGAUGGCGACUACGGCUUCGCGCCCGCCAACUACAUCGAGCUGGGCGAUGGCCAGGCUGGCCAGGUCGAGGAGGAGGAAGAAGCGACUGCCCCCCCUCCGCCUCUUCCGCAGAGGACACCCAGCGUCAGCGUCGAUGUAGCCAGCCCGCCCCUGCCCGCCAGGAGUGUGCCCUCCGAGCCAAGCACCCCUGUCGCCGCUUCCAACCCUGCUGCCGCCGCCAUCGCCGGAGUUAUGGCCAACCGCUCUUCUUUCCAACCUCCAGCGCCCAUCAGUGUUCCCCAGCCCCAGCGACAGUCAUACGCUUCGGAAGAUUAUGAAAAUGAGGUAAGGUCCCCGCCGCUUCCGAGCCGCCCGCGGGGCGAUUCGCAAAUUGCUCCGGAGCAAAAAUCCUACAGACCGGUGCCGCCGCCCGCUCAGUCGGCAGCCCACGACACCGACGACUAUGGCAUUAGCCCGCGAACCUCCCAGGCUCCUCCUCCUCAGACCGCCGCGCUUACCCCUGGCGGUUUCCACAUGUACAACAUCAACGAGAUGACGUCGGUGAUGGGCAAGAAGAAGAAGAUGCCCACCACGCUGGGCAUCAACCUGAGGACGGGAAUGAUUCUCAUAGCACCGGAACACUCCCAUGACGGUCCAUCGCAGGAAUGGCGGGCCGACUGCAUGACACACUACUCUCGGGAGGGCAAGCACGUGUUUAUGGAGCUUGUGCGACCAAGCAAGAGCGUUGACUUUCAUGCGGGCGCCAAGGACACCGCUGAAGAGAUCGUCGCGAUGCUGGGCGACAUGGCCGGAACUGUGCGCCUCGAGGGACUCAAGGAGAUCAUUGCCGCGGGAGCCGGAGGCAAGAAGAAGAAGGGCGCUGUGCUGUAUGAUUUUAUGGCUCAGGGUGAGGACGAGGUUACUGUCGGCGUUGGUGAUGAGGUAGUUAUUCUCGACGAUACCAAGAGUGACGAGUGGUGGAUGGUGCGUCGCAUCAAGAACGGCAAGGAGGGUGUGGUUCCCAGCAGCUACAUUGAGAUCAACGGCGUGUGGGAAGAGCCGGAGACGGCCAUUUCCGGUAUUGCCGUGGGCAUGUCGGAAGUCGAGAAGAAUCGCCUGGAAGAGGCGCGCUUGACCAAGGAGGCUAUCAAGGCUGCCCAGCGCGAGGAAGAGAAGGAGAAGCAGAAGAGGAACUCUGAGCGAAGCAGUAGGCGCGAACCCGGUCAGAGCAGCAGCUCCAAGUCGUCAAGCAAGUCGAAGCCCGAUCCUUCCAAAGUGCGAACAUGGACCGAUCGAUCCAAGUCCUUCAGCGUUGAGGCCCAGUUCCUCGGUGUCAAGGAUGGCAAGAUCAGGCUCCACAAGAUGAACGGUGUGCAGAUCGCCGUGCCCGUCUCGAAGAUGUCAGUUGAGGAUCUCGAGUACGUGGAGCGCGUAACUGGCGAAUCUCUCGACGAAGACAAGCCCCUAUCCGAUCUUAGGAACAAGCGAUCCGCCGGUGAGUCUUCGAGGUCUAGUCGAUCGACGCGCGACAGGGAAAGAGACCGUGGUUCCAGCUCCCGGGUUGGCGCUACCAUCGAUUCCUCGAAGAAGCCCGACUACGACUGGUUUAACUUCUUCCUUGGUUGUGACAUACAGGUUGGUUUGUGCGAACGGUAUUCUCAAGCUUUCCUGCGGGAGGCUAUCGACGAAAGUGUCUUGCCAGAUGUUGAUGCUACUGUGCUGAGGAACUUGGGCUUGCGUGAAGGUGAUAUCAUCAAGGUCAUGCGGUACCUGGACAACAAGUACAUGCGGAACAAGAAAGGCGAAGAGGGUGAGGGAGGACUCUUCUCUGGGCCAGGAGGUGCGCUCCGCAACAACACGAAGAAGGGCAGGCCGGCGCCCCCCGUCGAGGUCAGCAACACCGUUGAUCCCAACGCUUUCUCUAAGGACUCGGGUGCUGGUAGUGGCAAGUCAUCAUCUCCUACGGCUGCGGCUACGCCAACGCCGUCUGCCUCGAAGCCUUCCAGUGGCUUUGAUGAUGAUGCUUGGGAUGUCAAGCCCACCAAGACGAAAACCCCUGAGCCGGCUGCGCAAGCCGUUGCUCCCGCUCCUGCGGCGGCACCCGCUGCCGCUCCGGCCCCUGCUGCGCCAGCUCUGGUUGAUGCGCCGGCUCCCCCUCCGCCAGCGGCUCUUACCAAGUCGAUGCAGGAGUUGUCGUUGCUCACCCAGCCUUUGGAACCCGAGAAGGUCGCUCCUCCACCAGUUGUGCAACCGGCCAUCACGUUGCCUCCGCCCUCCGCGGCUCCGGCUCCGGCUGCUGCUCCUGCCCAGGUCCCUCAGCUUACCGGCGCCACUCCCGGCUUCUUCACCGGUAUGCAACCUCCUGCUGUUGGUGCACAGAUCCUUCCUCAGAACAUUGCCCGUCAAAGACCUCUUGCUCCUCAGUUCACUGCGGCCCCGGGUGGUCUUGUUGCUCCACCUCCAUCCCGCCCCCUCUCGGCGCCUCAGUCCGCUCAACCCAGCGCCUUCACGCCACCCCCUAUCCAGCCUCAGAUGACCGGCUUCCAGGCACCCCAGAUCGCUCCUCCUGGCCAGAGCCUCGGCGAUCUCGCCCAGCAACGUCUCCAGCAACAGUACGCCGCCCAGAUGCAGGCCCAGCAACAACAGAUGCAACAGCCCAUGAUGACGGGUAUGCAACCCAUGAUGACGGGCAUGCAGCCCCAGCAGACCGGCUUCGGCCAAUUCCCGCCUCAACAACAACCCUUCAUGCCCCAGCCUACCGGCUUUGGUAUGCAGCAGCAGCAACAACAGCCCAUGAUGACGGGCAUGCAGCCCCAGCAAACCGGCUUCGGUCAAUUCCCUCAACAACAGCCACAACCCUUUAUGCCCCAGCCGACCGGCUACGGUCACGUCGGUGGUGGACUCCCGCCUCCUCUCCAGCCUCAGGCUACGGGCAUGAGCUUCACUCAGGGCUUUGGAAACGGACCCCAGCAGCAGCAUCAGCCGUUGGUGCCGCAGCAGACGGGGCCGGCGCCGCCUGUGCGGUUUGGGAUUAGUGGUGAUGCGAAGAAACUGGCGCCGCAGGCGACUGGGAGGAGAGCCAAUUUGGCUGCUGCUACUCCCGAUAACCCGUUCGGUUUCUAA